AUGGCAGAGUGUAAAGCGCUCCUGAAGGAUAUCACGGGACAUGUCUGUGCAUGGCCCUUUCUAGAGCCCAUCGCUACAGCCACUAGCGAAUUGGAAAACUACUCCCAGAAAGUCAAACGACCGAUGGACCUCGGGACGAUACAGCAAAAGCUGAACGAUGGGAAGUACAUGAAUCCACAUCAAGUCCGGUUUGAUGUGAUCCAGGCUGUCAGAGAGUCGCGAGGAUUUUUCCACAAGGCAGAGGACCUGAUGAACGAGGCGGUGCUGGUACUCGAUCCUGCUGAAUUUCUCUGGAGAAAAGGAACUGUGGUAGAAGUGGACAAGAGCUCUGGCUCAGUCUGCAUUCUUCUUGACAAAUGGGAGCAAACAGAAGAUGUCAUCAAGUCGCGAUGGAAGGCAAACAGCACAAGCGCGGCGUCGAGUACCAAUCGAUUCUUCGGGAAACUGAAAACCGACGUGUGCAUGCCAGACUUGCUGCCUGCUAGCGUGAUUCUUAAAAUUGAUCGUCGGGAUAGAGAACGACAGCUGAGACUGUACUUGCAGGGAAAGGGCGUAUGGAAAGACAAGAAGCUAAAGAUAUGGAUGCGCGUGCCGUCGCCAGAUGUUGUGUUCACCCGAGUUCAAGAAGUAGAAGCCAGUCGAUGGGAUAGCGAGUGGCCAGGAACAGUAGCAAGUGUAUAG